CACUUUCCUUUCCCCUGUCCGCCAUUUGUAAACGUUUCCCACAACAACGGAAAUCCUCCAUUCGAAGUGCCUCUAAUUUUAUGCUCAUUACGCAAUGAUAACUUCCGUUGCAUGUUACAGUUCGUAAGAAAAAUGUCAGCCCCCAUUAGUAGUGGCAGAAUUCUUUGUCAUAUUUCGGAGAUUCGGUUAGAUAGAAUUCUUGUCAAUGGCCAGUCAUUCAGAUGGAAAGAAGAGAAUCCAGGAAUUUGGACUGGUGUCUUAUUUGACAAAAUAUUGAAAUUGUGGCAAUCGGAAACUGCCAUAUCUUAUCAAAUAUUUGGGAACACAAAACAGGAAUUGGGAGUUGAAGUUACAGCAACUAGUAGUUCCAAGAAGGUAGAAGUGGCUACAUGCUUGAAGGAACCAAAUAUUGUUCCCACAGACAGUGUAAUCAAACAAUCUGUCAUAGGAGAAGAGAAACAUUGUGAAAACAGUUAUGAAGAUUUAAUCAAAGACUACUUUCAGCUGAACAUAAAGGUAGGGAAUCUUUAUCAAAAGUGGUCUGGUGUGGAUUCAAACUUUCAGAGUAUAUCUUCAAAGUUUGAAGGAAUACGCAUUCUACGCCAGGAUCCUGUAGAGAAUUUAUUCUCGUUCAUCUGUUCAUCCAAUAACCACAUCUCCAGAAUCUCCUCUAUGGUAGAAAAGCUCUGUGAGAACUAUGGCAGAGAAGUGGGCAAGUUCAAUGGAAAGACUUACUUUAGUUUUCCCACCAUCUUUGAAUUGUCGGAGGAUGGAGUAGAGAGUGAGUUACGGAACCUAGGAUUUGGAUACAGAGCCAAAUACAUUAACAAGAGUGCACAGCAAAUUUUGGAAAAAGGAGGGGAAACUUGGUUAAGAUCUUUAAGAGAAAUUCCAUAUGCAGAGGCAAAGAAAGAGUUACUGGCCCUGAAUGGAGUGGGAGCAAAGGUUGCUGACUGUGUCUGUUUGAUGUCUCUAGACAAGACAGAUGCUCUCCCUGUAGACACCCAUGUCUGGCAGAUUGCUGCACGUGGAUACAUGCCAAGUCUGUCCAAAUGCAAAUCCCUGACUGAUAAACUGUAUAAUGAAAUAGGUGACCAUUUUAGAACUCUGUGGGGACCUUAUGCAGGCUGGGCCCAGGCCGUGCUUUUUACAGCAGAUUUGAGGCAAUUUAAAGAAAAGGACAAAAUUCCAUCAUCUAAAAGCAAAACAGAUAAAUCUAAUGAUGGUUCAAAGAGCCCAGCAAAGAGGAGGAAAAUGGAAGCAGAGUCGGAGGCUGGUGCAAACAGAGCAGAAAAUCAGAAGAAAAUGGCAACAGCAUCACAGAGAAAACAGAAAAGAAAAUCAUGAUGUGUCAGUAAAAGGAGAGAUACAGAGCUAGUGCAAACAGCAGAUAAUCAAAAAGUGGCUGCAAUGUUCCAGAGAAAACUAAAGGAGAAAGUGUGAUGAUUAGUAUUGUGGUCUCUGUGACAUUUGCUCUUCAGGCAGCAACAGUUUGGGAAAACCGUGUACCAUGUGCUCUCUGUCUUAACACCUUAUCUUUUUUAAUCAUAUCCUGUGUAUCUUUCUCAUUAUUUAAAUCUUGCUCAGAUCAAACAAAACGAAUGCUUGUAGGUAAGGGUUUCAUGCACGGUUCAAGAAAUUUUUUCUGCGGGGGGUGGGGGGUGGGGCUGGGGGACGUCCAAGGCAUAUUUUUCAGUAAUUUUACUAUGUAAAUUUUAAAAAAUUGGAUUUUCCAGGGGAUGGGAGGUCUGGACCGCCCCCCCCCCUUUCCCCUAUAGAUCUGCGACACAGGUUUGUAAUGAGCUAGAAUUAUAGUUCUAUGCUAAUACCGUAAAACGGGUAUUUUCUGCGGUUGUUUAUUUUCUGCGGUAUUUUGCGGAUAAGUAAAAUCCACAAAAAUUCAAAACGCAAAAUAUUCUUUUAAAAAAAUCACUAAUUUUGACAUUAUUUAAAAUACAAGCUAUAAUUUUCAAAUGUGAUCAAUCCGUUAUUAGGGGGCUCUGCGUCGUAUUUCACACCUAAUUAUCUCAUGUUACCUGUGCGAUAUCAAUUAUAGCUGAACAGAUAUAAGGACUGUGUGUUUAGUCGAGUAUGAAAUAAAAAUGAUCUGAGAAAAGUUCACAAGCAGUAUUUAGUAGACUUGUAAAACAUUUGAGAGUUAGUUCUCAUUCACCAUGAACACGGUAAGAAUGUCGAUUUAAGAUAUGCAAGUUUAGUUCUCUAGUUUACGUUCCCUUAGGCAAAUCCGGUAAACAUAUGUUGUUUUUUUUUGCGGUCUAAUGUAACCGCAGAAAUUGAAAACGCAGAAUAUAAUUUGAUACGUUUUAGGGGUUAAACCGCAAAAAUUUCAAGCCGCAGAAAAUACCCGUUAUAUGGUAUCUAAGUCAUAGGUUAAGGUGAAAAUAAAGUUCUCUGAAAUGCUCUUCAUCCUAUUGCCCAUUAUAAAAGUGGGGCUCUUUGAGAUGGUGACCAUCUCAAUGAUGUCUAGUCCACACAGCUGAUAUACCCUGGCAGAUGAGAGACUGGGAUCAUUAUAUAACAUGUUGUCGAGAUCCACUUGUUCCAAGUCAAUUUUUUGUGAGUGAAAUUAUUUUUACAAGCAGUAUAAAUAUCUGUUAUAGGUACAUGCAUGUUUAUCAAAAAUGGAAUAAAAUAUUAA